CAUCCUCUAACCAUCCUCUGACCAUCCUCUGACUCUCUCCUAACUCUUAUCUGACUGUUCUCUGACUCUUCUCGUGUCAUAAGAAGCUGAAAUUGGCCCCAAUGAGAAGGAUCAAAGUUGCACUGGAUAUUCUGAGAGCUAGAAGGUGUGGCUCCACGCGACAUCUUCCCGGACACCGUCCGCUAAGUCGUGGAUUCGCGGCCAAAGUCACGCCAGGCAUACCUUCCGUGACGGCUCGUGAGAUGCUCGACUCCCAGCGACGUUCCCACGUGGGGGAUAUCCACCAUCAUCUCCGAACCAGCGGCAUUCUGAAGAUACGCCUCCUGUUUCCCGAUGACGAUAGCCAAUAUCUGGAGCGCAUAAUACUUAACCUUUGCGCUCAUCACGGGCAUGGGCCUCCUACACGCCACAGCGCUUCCCGAGGCUGGUUCUGGGAUGUUCGCCCCAGCUCUGCUGGCAUAGAGACAGGAGUUCCCCUAGCACGAUCAGAAACCAUGCAAGAGUUCCAGUGGCACACUGACUGUAGCUACGAGAGCGCACCCCCAAAAUACUUUGCGCUUCAAGUUCUGCAGCCUGAUCGCUACGGUGGGGGUACCCUGUCCCUCAUGACGAUUGCCAAGCUUGCGCAUCACCUGUCCCCGGCUGUACAGAAAGCUCUAUUCGAACCGGAGUUCAAAAUCAAAAUUCCUCUUGAAUUUUCUAAACAGCCUGACCAACAGCACAUAAUGGGGAGCAUCCUUGGAUUGGACAAGAUGGAUAAUUCGCUGGUAGUGAGGUUCCGGGAAGACCUGAUAGAGCCCAUGAACCCCAGGGCUGCGGCAGCAUAUGAGGAGCUGAAGGUUGCGUUGAAUCAGCUGGCAAAAAAUCUCCAGUCCGAAGACUGA